UUUCCAAUCCCAGAAAUGCCUGCGUUCAGCGAUCUCUUCGCGGCAGCCUCAACGCGACACGUUCUUUCGUCGAUUUUCUUGCUGGCAACUGAUCGUAUUACAAUUAUAGGAAGCACCCGGCUUCACCACACCACAAGACUCCUUCAAUCCCAUUGCCUACACCCGAUCAACUCGAUUACCGUCCCACCUGGGUCUCGGUACAGUCCGCAGCCUCCACGCUCGGACCGGACCAUGUUGUCGUUAAUCAACAAGCCGGGUUUCCUCUAACACAACAUCAAUAAUGGCGCCUACAGGCGGGGGCGGAGGCGGAGGAGGUGGCGGAGGAAACAUCAAAGUCGUGGUUCGAGUGCGACCCUUCAACACUCGUGAACUCGACCGUCAUGCAAAAUGCAUUGUUCAGAUGCAAGAGGCGCAAACCGUCUUGCAACCUCCUCCAGAGGCCGAAGAGCGGCUGCGAAAGGGAGGCAAGGGCAGCUCAGAACAUCAGAGAACAUUCAAGUUUGAUAAGUCAUACUGGUCUUUCAACAAGGCAGAUCCUCAUUAUGCCGGUCAAGACCACUUAUUCGAUGACUUGGGGGUACCAUUACUUGACAAUGCGUUCCAAGGGUACAACAACUGUAUCUUCGCUUAUGGUCAGACUGGUUCUGGAAAGUCAUACAGUAUGAUGGGCUACGGGGAAGAGGCCGGUGUUAUCCCUCGCAUUUGUCGAGAAAUGUUUGAGCGAAUCAACGGUGCACAGUCUGAUCCCAACCUGACCUGCACUGUCGAAGUCUCAUAUCUGGAAAUUUACAACGAACGAGUCCGUGACCUGCUGAAUCCUGCCACGAAAGGCAACCUCAGAGUCAGAGAACAUCCUUCGACGGGCCCCUACGUCGAAGAUCUGGCCAAAUUGGCUGUCCGAUCUUUCAAAGAAAUCGAGAACCUGAUGGACGAAGGCAACAAAGCUCGGACAGUCGCCGCGACAAACAUGAAUGAAACUUCCAGUCGUUCUCAUGCAGUCUUCACCCUGACUUUGACACAAAAACGUCAUGAUGUAGAAACCUCCAUGGAUACUGAGAAGGUCGCCAAAAUCAGCUUGGUCGAUUUAGCAGGCUCUGAAAGAGCAACUUCGACGGGCGCCACUGGAGCUCGUUUGAAAGAAGGUGCAGAGAUCAACCGAUCACUCUCCACGCUAGGGCGCGUCAUUGCAGCUUUAGCUGAUCUGUCCUCGGGCAAGAAGGGCUUGAAGGUGCCCUACCGAGAUUCAGUCCUCACGUGGCUUCUGAAGGAUUCCCUUGGUGGCAAUAGCAUGACUGCCAUGAUUGCAGCCAUAUCCCCUGCCGACAUCAAUUUCGAGGAAACGCUGAGCACUCUGCGAUAUGCAGACUCCGCUAAGAGAAUCAAGAAUCACGCUGUCAUCAACGAAGAUCCAAACGCACGCAUGAUCCGCGAGCUCAAAGAAGAGCUUGCCAAACUCAGAGGUCAGCUUGGAGGAGCCAGCGUUCCAGGAGGUACGGAAGAGGCAUAUCCUCCCGAUACGCCACUUGACAAGCAAAUGGUGUCGAUAGUCCAAGCAGACGGCUCUGUAAAACGCGUUAGCAAAGCCGAAAUCAUGGAUCAACUGAGUCAAAGCGAAAAAUUGUACGAAGAUCUCAACCAAACUUGGGAAGAAAAACUGCAGAAGACCGAGGAGAUCCACAAAGAAAGAGAGGCCGCUCUCGAAGAACUGGGCAUAAGCAUAGAGAAAGGCAACGUUGGGAUGAGUACCCCAAAGAAGAUGCCUCACUUGGUCAACCUAAGCGAUGAUCCAUUGCUGGCAGAGUGCCUCGUCUACAACUUAAAACCGGGCAUCACAACUGUCGGCAAUGUUGAUUCCUCCGAAGCUUCGGAGAUUAGGCUGAAUGGAUCCAAGAUACUCGAGCACCACUGCAAACUGGAGAAUGUUGAUAACGUGGUCACCGUCAUUCCCAAUGAAGGUGCAGCUGUCAUGGUCAACGGUGUACGUGUUGACAAGCCGAAGAGACUGAGAAGCGGAAAUCGCAUCAUUUUGGGAGAUUUUCAUAUCUUCAGGUUCAAUAACCCUUUGGAGGCAAAGGCUGAGCGAGCCGAGAGAAGUUUGCUCCGACAUUCGGUCACUGCAAGCCAACUGAACUCUCCUACGCCAUUUCGGCCUGGCCAUGAGAGAUCUUACAGCGCCGCUGGGUCGGAAUUCGACGAUGAUUCGAGCAGAGCUCAAUCGCCAGGGCUGAGCAACGGAGCAUCCGAUUGGUUCUUCGCUCGAAGAGAAGCCGCCGGUGCACUGCUCGGAUCAGACCCUAAGAUCAUGCAACUGACAGAUGAAGAGCUUGACCAUCUUUUCGAAAACGUCCAGCGAGCACGUGAAGAGCGACGUGGCCGACCGGAGGGCAAAUCAUGUGAGCACGACGAAGAUUCUGAUGAUCUCAGCUCUUUUCUUGUUAGAGACAAGUAUAUGUCCAAUGGGACAAUUGACAACUUCUCUCUUGAUACAGCCCUUACUCUGCCCGACACACCGUCACUGCACGGUGAUUCUCAGGGGGAUGAGGACCCGACUUUGACUCCGAGCCAAUUUGACCAACAGCGGCAACAGGGACCACAAUCACAAGCUGCACAUGGCACUUCAGAAGCUGCUGCUCAAGCAUCAAAAGAGGCCGAAGCAGAGGCUCAGGCGAGUGAAAUGCAGAAAGAGCUUGAACGUGCCAAACAAGAAUUCCAAAAGGAACUCCAGAAGCAGAAAGAGGCAUUUGAAGCGCAGAUCAAGAAGAUCGAUCUGGAAGUUCGGACACGAGAGGCUGCUCGGACCCCAGCGGGCUUCUUACCUCUAGAUGCUACGGAGAUCGGAAUUGCACGUAAUGUCAUUGAGAAGUGGCAACAGAGAAACCAUAUCGCCAUGGCAGAAGCUGUCCUUCAAAACGCUGGCCUCAUCAAGGAGGCACAAAUCAUGGCCAAGCUCUUAGAUCAGGAUUGCAAAUUUCAAUUUGUGAUUCUAGAUCUUGGAGAAGAGCGCGGUUCCUCCUACGACCUCAUUCUGCAUGACAUCUCCAGAGAGGACGACGAUGCCCUCGUCAAUGCUCGCAAGCCUUGCCUAGCAGUUCGGGUCAUUGACAGCCAACUAAGUUGCAUUCAUCUGUGGUCCCUGGAAAAGCUACGAUCGCGCGUGGUCAAGAUGCGACAGAUGCACCAAUACAAGAAUCAACCAGAGUAUUCGCAACAUUUUCGCUUGGACAACCCCUUCCGCGACUCAGACCAGCCAUUAUUCUCCUUGGUUGGAGACGGUAGCAUUCCUCUGACUGCUGUCUUUGAGACCCGGGUCCAGGACUUUGUCGUCGAGAUCUGCUCCCCUUCAACCAGGCAGAUCGUGGGAAGGGUAAGAAUGUCGCUGGAACCUUCGUUGGCAGAGUCGCCACCGUCGGCGGUUAAGUUCAACAUCAUCAUGCGUGAUUUGGUUGGCUUCUCCGAGCACGAAGGUAGCCAGGUUCAUGCUCAAAUGACCGUCUUGGGAAGUCCCGACGAAAGUGUUGCAACUACUCAGCCCAUACAAGGCUUUGGUGAUGGUCCGGUUCGCUUCGAGAGCGUCCAUAAUCUCAGCGUCCAGCGAUCAGCCGAGAAGUCUGCCACCCUGAAGAUCGCCAUCUUUGCGCAAGUCAGCUCAACUCACCUUGACAAACUUAUCAGCUGGGAUGAGCUUCGCGAGAUGAAUGAGCAACCUGCAGAUCACGAGACUGCCCAUCGCUUGUCCGAAUCCGAGUACAGUAUUGAGGAACGACAUGAUGUGUUUGCCAAGGUCCAGAUGCUUGAACUCGCUGAGAAUGGUCAAUACAUGCCCGUCGAGGUCUUGCAAACCAGUGCUGACGACAACGGAGCAUUCCAACUGCAUCAAGGGCUGCAGCGCAGGAUUUCCAUUACGUUGACUCACUGCUUCACCGAGAGUCUACCGUGGGAUGAGUUGAAAAGCCUUCGCAUUGGCGAAGUUCAUUUGAUUGAUUCUUCUGGUCGUGUCACUGACAUUGGCUCGGUUACGCCCGACAUUGCGCUCAAACAAAUUCAAGAACCAAUGAUCAGAGACAAUGCCGAUGGCACUUCCAACAUUACAGUCAUAGGGCAAUGGGAUAGCUCCCUGCACAAAUCUCUUCUCCUUGAUCGAGCGGCCAACGAACAUUGCAGGAUACAGGUUGCUCUCCGAUGGGAUGUAGUUUCCAGCCGUCUAGCGGAGCCCAUGACAUUCUCGGUCGACCAACAGCUGCAGAUACUGCCAAGGUCGUAUGUGCGUCCGCAGUCAAUGUUCAAAUCAUUCUGGAACCAAACUAGAAUCACGCAUUCGACGGACGGACUGUUUUCGAUUGUGGUUCGUCCGGUCAGUGCGCAAAGAGCUGCCGAUCUUUGGCGACUUGAUACUUCGAAGAACUAUAUCAAGGGCGAAGAACUUCUCGGCAAUUGGAGCCCAAGAGGCAUUUCCUUAGUCAAAGACUAUCUUAUUGCCAGAAGGAAAAGAAGACAACUACAGGAUAUUGAAUCAGCGAAAGCAGCCCUCGGUUGGAAGAAGCUGAGUGUCAACAAGAUCCGGUCCAGAGCAGCCUCGCCUUCCAACAUGGAUGCGAGAGAAGAGACAUUGAUACGGAAGUUUCUUGAGAUAUGGAUGAAACCCAGCGUGGAGAUGUCAAAUCCCAUCUUCGACACCUCUCACCAUCCAACCAUGGCAGAGACCUCCCAAGGUCAGAAUGGAGGCGCAAGCAGUUCGACUCCAGCUCGAAAGCCCCGUUACCUAGCCACAGUCACAAAUUCGCCAAAGAAUCCCGUCUCUUUGAAAUCAGGCUAUCUGCUGAUGCCUUCUGAAAGCCAUGAUCCAGCUUACAGCCAGACUAUGCAGUGGAAGCGUCGUUUUGUGGAUCUACGGCCACCGUACUUAUAUAUCCAUUCUGUUCCCGAUGGAGAAGCGAUCAACGCGAUCAACCUGACUCACGCUCGCAUCGAUCACGAUCCGGACUUCAAGCGACUACUCGGAAGCGGAUCUAUCCACAGCGUGGACGCCGAAGUUAGCGGCCACAGAAGAACGGGGAGCGCCGAACUUCAUGGCCUGGCGCACGUUUUUGCGGUGUAUGGUGAACAAAACACCUUCUUAUUCGCAGCGCGCAGUGAGAGGCAGAAAGUGGAAUGGAUUCUCAAGAUUGAUCAAAGUUAUUUCGGCACAGAGGUCGAACAAGAAGAGUUGUGAACUUGGACGAAGUGAUUUGUUCUGCUCAUCAACAGAGCUGGAGCGCAUUUUCCCUUCCGGCCUGGCUGUCGAAUUGGAAACUCAAAGGAAAUGGGACACGAUGGUUGUAUAGAUGGUUGCCUGUCUGCGAUGAGCAGCAUGUGCUUUGUUUUGCUGUCAAUUUUCUGAUACCCCGGGAGCAUUGACCUUCCCUCUGAUGUGAAAUUACCUUGAAGAAGUGCGUUGAUGUUUUUUGAGCUCUGCUACAGGGAGAUGCAGAUAUGAAUAUACAUAUUGACAGUUGGAUCCAAUCUUUUGGCCGACUCUGAUGGCA